CGCGCAGCGCCCGCGCCGCUCCCGCAGCCGCAGCCGCGCCAUGGAGCGCCGCGUCGCCCGCGAGUUCCGGCACAAGGUCAAUCUAUUAAUUGACAAUGAAGCGGAGAAGGAUUACCUUUAUGACGUGCUGCGGAUGUACCACCAGUCUAUGAAUCUCCCAGUGCUUGUGGGGGACCUAAAACUGGUGAUUAAUGAGCCAAGCAGGCUGCCUCUGUUCGAUGCUAUCCGCCCACUCAUCCCAUUAAAGCACCAGGUGGAAUAUGAUCAGCUUACACCCAAACGAUCACGAAAGCUGAAAGAGGUGAGAUUGGAUCGAUUGGAUCCUGAAGGGCUCGGAUUAAGUGUAAGAGGUGGAGUGGAAUUCAGCUGUGGCCUCUUCAUCUCCCAGUUGGUUAAAGGAGGGCAGGCAGACAAUGCUGGACUUCAGGUUGGGGAUGAGAUAGUGCGCAUCAAUGGAUAUUCCAUUUCAUCAUGUACACAUGAAGAAGUCAUCAACCUCAUUCGUACAAAGAAAGUUGUGUCCAUAAAAGUUAGGCAUGUUGGCAUGAUACCUGUCAAAAGUUCGCCAGAUGAACCCCUUAAAUGGCAGUAUGUGGAUCAGUUUGUGUCAGAGUGUGGGGAAGGAAAGGGCAGUGUGGCUGGACUUGCUUCUUCUGGAGGGAGAGACAGUAAAGAGAAGAAAGUCUUCAUUAGCUUGAUUGGUACAAAAGGCAUGGGAUGCAGUAUUUCCAGUGGUCCAACACAAAAACCAGGCAUUUUUAUCAGCAAUGUUAAGCCAGAUUCUCUUUCAGCAGAGGUGGGCUUAGAGGUUGGUGAUCAGAUUGUUGAGGUGAAUGGAGUGGACUUUUCUAAUGUGGAUCACAAAGAGGCUGUCAGAGUGCUCAAGAGCAGCCGUACUUUGACUAUCUCUGUGGUAGCAGGUGCUGGCAAGGAGCUGUUCAUGACUGAAGAAGAAAGGCAAAGAGAAGCACGUCUCCGUGAGCUGGAGCGCCAGGAGUUAAUGCAUCAGAAGCGGCUUGCGCUGGAGACCAACAAAAUCAUCAAAGAGCAGCAAGAGAAAGAGAGAUUAAGAAAGCUGGAGAUUUCCCAGAAGGCUGCAGAGGAAGAGGAGAGAUAUCGCAGAGAAAUAGAGCAGAUAACAGCAGAGGAAGAGAAAUUUAAAAAGGAGUGGGAAGAAGACUGGGGUCCUAAAGAACCACCCAAGUCUCUAAAAACUGUAACUGCAGAAGUGCACUCUCCCCCUCGUUCCAAACACAAAAAAGAUUUAAAGGGAGUUGCACAUGACCAACUUGAAACAGAUGACAUGGAUGAAGUGAACAUGAAGCAGGACAAACAGAAAGGGAAAGAACGAAAGAAGUCAAAAAGUGAUAGCUUUUGUGAACAGAAGAAGAACAAAAAGGAAAUGGAGUUUGAGCAAAAACUUGCCAAAGAGAAGGAAGGAAUGCUGGAAAGAGAAAAACAAUUGAAAAUAAAUCGUCUUGUGCAAGAGGUAUCUGAGACAGAGCGAGAAGACCUGGAAGAAUCAGAAAAGGUUCAGCACUGGGUGGAAAGACUUUGUCAAACACGGUUAGAACAGAUCUCCUCUGUGGAGAAUGAGUCUCCUGAGCUGGCGAGCGGCCGUCCCUCUCCCCCGGCUGCCUCGAUGCGGCGCUUCGCCGGGGGCCUGCAGCUGCACACCACGGACCUCGAUGACAUCAACUUAGACGAAGUUGACAAACCCAAACAGCGUGCGCCGCCACCACCUCCGCCACCGCCGCCCACUGUAACCCCAGCACUGCCAGCUCAUCCACCUCCUGCCUCAAAUGCCCCACGAGGCCCAGCCCUGUUGGUAACACCAGCAUCCCAGGUUGCAAGAAACACCUCCCACGUUGGCAAAGCGUCCCCUGUGUCAAGCAACCCGCUGCAACUUGCUCCAAGUCCACCUACCCAGCGUCAUCCAGGGGUACCAAUAGUCUCUAAACCAGUUAUGCUGCAUCCUGACCCAAACUUCGUGGUCAGGCCAACAAUCAAAUCAGAGGCCCUGGGCUUCCAGAAGUAUGUGGAAGAUUUUGAUCCAUAUUCAAUGUUUACCCCAGACCAGAUUAUAGGAAAAGACGUACGGCUAUUACGAAUAAAAAAGGAAGGAUCACUGGACCUUGCAGUUGAGGGAGGAAUUGAUUCUCCAAUUGGAAAGAUAGUUGUGUCUGCCAUCUACGAGGACGGUGCUGCAGACAAACAUGGAGGCAUAGUGAAAGGGGAUGAAAUACUGGCUGUAAAUGGCAAGAUAUUAAUUGACAGCAAGCUGGCAGAAGCACAGGCAACUCUAGCAAAAGCUUGGAACAUGGGUGGGGAUUGGAUUGACUUAGUCAUUGCAGCAUCACCUCCAAAAGAAUAUGAUGAUGAAAUCCCUACCAUUCCCUCAUCAGCAGUCAGUCCCAGCACACACAGAAAGGUUUUUGAAGGCAGUGCACCUGUGUACAGACAAGGGUAUCUCCUGCAGCUGUAGCCACUGCAGUGUCCCUCAUGGACAUUUUUUUAAGGAAGACUACAAAUCUUGAAAUGGAACCUCUUCUCACCAGAAAUCUGCUGCUCUGUAAAUUAAUAGGAAAUCAAUAACCAUGUGAAAUGUAUCUUUAUUGACUGACAUGUAAAUUGAACUAGAGACAUCAGAUUCUUCAGAUAACUUGAAUAAUUUAUUAUCAUUCUAUAGACAUACAGCAAAACUUUUUUUGCAUGAUGAUUUAAAAGAACUGCUGACCAGCAUAGUUCAGACUGUGAGCGCUCGAUCUUAUUUGCUAUUUUGAGGGGCCAAAUUUUGCAUCUUUCAGUUUUCCUGGAAAUAGAUUCUAAAAUGACAAAUGAAGAUAGAACACAGAUGUCUGUUCCCACAUGGAACACUUGUGAAUACACAUUCACAGGCCAGUUUGGGUGUGAAAAGAAUUAUAUUUUUACUUCCUAGAUAGUGAUUUUCAUGGGGAAAAUGAGAAAGUACGCAGGUAACUUCUGUUCUCAUAUGCUAUUAGCUCUCUUAAUAUCCAUUUUUGUGUCUCAGUUGUGAGGGUUUUUUCACCAUAAAAACCCUGCUGGUAAAAGAACUGGGAAUACCAGGAAUGCAAGCAUUAUAAUCAAAUAAUUUUGAUUGUGUUGCUCAUACAGUAUGGAAGAUCUUCUGCAGCAGCAGAGUAAAUAACUAGCAAGUAGCUUAGAUAAAAUCAUUAUGUGCAGUCACAUCCAUACUCCCAAGUAUUUGUAUUGUUGGCAAAAAUUCCUCCCUCAUCUAGUCAUGGGUGGGAAAUUUGGGUGUGAUUCAGAGUCUGCUGUUUUGUACUUUGUUCUCAGUGAGCCUAUAUAUGUGACUAAACUGUGCAGGAAGCCACCAAGUGUAACUUUCUGCUCUUGGUGACUCUGUGCCUUAGAUGUAAGUAAAUUCCUCACGACCAUAAAAUUGAUGUUUUGCUAGUGCUUGGUUUCAAGUACUAUUAUAGUUGUAGACUUAGUAAAUAUAUUAUAGAGACACCUCAUAAGAAAUGUCAUGGUCUUUUUCCUUUCUUGCACCUGCCAGCUUGUGCUCUGUUUUCCAUGUUGUGUUUAGAUUUUUCUCACCUGUUCUACUGAGAGACAGUUCAUUGGCAUAUCAUUUUCCCACUGAAGUCUUGCCUUUCCAGGGUUUGGAGCCCUCCUCUUCUCCAGCAUAUAAAAAUAACAAUUAAAUUCAUGAGAACUCUGGACUUAUAUGUAGAUGCUUACUUAUGUUGACUUUAUUUACAGUAUUCUUCCAGUAUGCCAAUUAAUGUGUGUGUCACGGUACAUAUGUUAGAAUAUUUAAAAUGUUGGACUCUUACAGCUAAUUCAGAAAUAAAAUUGCAUUUGCCAAAUG